AGGCGAGAAUGACGAAGUUCUUCAAAUGGCCCUUCUAGGAAUUGUCCGAUUACAAUGUGUCACGGCGGAUCCUCGUGCCGGAUCCAGCAUGAUCUGUCAGCCAGAAAAUCCGGUUUGGAGCCCCAUUGCGUGACGUCAGUUUGCGCGCGGCCACGGGCAUCGCAGUGGAAGCACGGCCAGCCAUGCCGACACAAAGUUAACAAAAAGGGACCUUGCUCGGCCUGGCACCUGUCAGGAACUAGCAAGCAAGAGUCAAUCAUAUACACAUGCGAAGGGGGCCCAGUAGAAAUCUUCAGGACAACCACAGGGCUUCCUGUCGAGCCCAAAUUGCAGAUCCAGAAUCCCAACUACUACCCGCAACAGACAAAAAAACGAAUUAGACGCCCGCCGCCGCCAUGCCGCACCCAUUCCACCCCGACGACUUCCCCCUCAACGAGGAUGUCUACCUCGAGCCGACCAAGAUCUUCUAUGUCAAAGGAGGUAUCCACUUCAAGGGCGAUGCCUUCAUCUACGAGCUCACCGACAAGAUCCGCAAGCCCUUUGACGACUUCAGCUCCUCGUUCCAGAAGGAGGCGGCAAAAGUCGCCCAGCGCAUGUCCGAGGGUAACGAGGAAAAAGGCCAGCAGCCAGAGCCGCCAAAGUACACCAUCACCUCGAGCGGCUCCAUGAUGCGGACGCUCAAGACCAUGGUCGACCAGAAGGGCGAGAAGGUCUGUGACCUCAACAUGACGUUUGUCUCGUUUGACAACUCGACCAUCCGCUUCCCCCCCGGGAGCGAGCACUCAAGGCACGCCAUCGAGAUGUACCCCGUCGACGACAAGCUGGCCGACAAGCACGAGGCCUUUAUCAAGAACAGCAUCCCCUACUUCUGGGACCUGACGCAGGGCGGCCAGAUCGGCUACCUCCAAAAGUGCCUCAACCAGAAGCGCUGCGAGAUUGCCCAGUGCACGCCCUGGGGCAUGGGCAAGGACCUGAUCCUGGCGCUCAACGGCGAGGAGCUGGACGAGGUGGUUGCGCUGACGACUUGCCUGAUCCUACUCAACGGCCGUAAUGCUAUGGACCACUAAGAUCAGAGUGAGUGAGGUUUGGUUGGGAGAAGGGAAGGAAAGAGCAUUUUAAUGAGCACGAGAUCAUGUCCCAAUAAUGUAUGACACGGCGUUAACGAUUUUGUAAA